GGGAACCCCACAAUGCUUACCCGAUCUUUGCGCAGAGCGGUCCGAAUUCUACAUUCCAACCCUCACGCUCGCUGCGUCUCCAGCAAAGUCUUGCGUACAUUCAAGCUCGCCGAUAUCGGGGAGGGCAUCACGGAAUGCGAAGUCAUACGAUGGGCCGUUGCUCCGCAAUCGAGCGUGGGCAUCUUCGAUCCGCUGUGUGAAGUGCAGAGUGACAAGGCGAGCGUGGAGAUCACUAGCCCAUUUGAAGGGAUUGUGAAAGAGCUGCUUGUCAAGGAGGGCGAGGUUGCGCGUGUCGGGCAGGGUUUGUGCCAGAUCGAAGUCGAGGAAGAAGCGCAGGAGGAGCGGAGCUUAACCGGCGACGACGCGCCACGGAAUAACGAGGAGUCGGUAGCCAAAACAGAGGCGCAACACAAUUCGCUUGAUGAAUCUGUCGAAGCCCAGACACCUCGGACGUUGCCACCUCAGCAAGCCGCACGACGCCCUCACCCGCUGGAUCCCACCCAGCAAUCCGAGAAACCCAAGAGCAGCGCCGAAGUUCUGGCUCCGCCCUCAGUGAGACAUUACGCCCGUUCUCGAGGCGUCGAUCUUGCCUACCUGGUGCCGGGAAGCGGCAAAGAUGGUCGCAUCGAGAAGGCAGAUGUUGACUCGUACCUCUCUGCUUCUGCGCCCUCGCCAACUUCUGUCUCGUACGAUGGACAAGACAUCACCGUUGAGCUGGGAAGAACGCGUAAUGCCAUGUGGAAAGCGAUGAUUAAGAGCCUCGAGAUCCCCACAUUUGGGUAUUCAACGUCUCUUGAUAUCACAGAGCUGCAUGCGCUGCUACAAGUCCUCAAUCUGCACAUCCCAGCCCACUUCCUUCCUGCCUCGGAUACAAAAUCCAAGUUUGACCCGGCCAAUGCUUUGGGUGUUGCGGUGCCUACGACACCCGAUAUUCCAGAGACUGGGAGGUUCACCCGGAUGACAUACCUGCCGUUUUUGCUCAAGACCUUGGCGCGGACCAUGAUGGAUUGGCCGCUCUUCCGCGCGUCCAUCACUCCGAAUGCGGCUAAACCGUCCCUUACUAUCCGGUCUCACGCCGAUAUUGCGCUCGCCCUGGCGACACCGACGGGCUUAUAUACUCCUUUACUCCGUGCUGCCGACACACAAUCGGUGUACUCUCUGGCCAGCACUGUGACACAUCUCGCGGCAUUGGGCCGACGCACUCCUUCCGGCCUGACCGCUGCUCAUCUCGGCUCUGGCACAGUGAGUGUGAGCAACGUUGGAGCAGCUGGGAAAGGAGAAGGCGCGUCUCCGGUCCUCGUGCCAAGUGGAGGAUUGGCCAUCGUUGCUCUCGGUCGAGCUGAGUGGAUCUGGGACGUGUCGGAGACUUAUUGGGACGAAAGCAGGGGUCUGAAAGGUGCUAGGAGGCUGCGCCUGCCCGUAUCUUGGACUGCGGAUCAUCGAGUCGUUGAAGGUGCCGAGCUUGCUGCUUUCGUCGAGGCUUGGAGAGCAUGGGUGGAGGCUCCCGCAAGAAUGAUUGGUGAAGGACUGUGAAACCGGAAUGUCCUCAUUUGUAACAACAUCACUGCAUUUAGCUAUCGAACGCUUGCUUUCUGUUGAGCUGGUUGGUAGUACAUACUUCGGCCAGGGAUUCAAUCUUAUCGGAUUGGGUCAAUACGAGCCGGCUGCUACGUCGACACUUUCCAUGAUAGCAGCACCAGAAGAUCUUUAGUAGGCCCAUGAGUGAAACAGACUAGCAUACAAACGGCAGACUGACGUUCCAAUGCGCUCGGCCCCUGCCUUGAACAUCUCCACACACUUUUCAAAGCUGCGAAUUCCUGCGGAUGCUUUCACCUUCACACCCUCCUUGAACGCGACGGUCUUGCGCAUCAACAAGACAUCCCCGGCAGUAGCACCUCCGCCCAGGAAACCAGUGCAUGUUUUGACGAAGGCGGCACCGGCAUCGGCUGCUAGGAAUGAGGCAGCGAUCUUCUCCUCGUCCGAGAGAAAGACGGUCUCGAGGAUCACCUUGACGGGAACAGCCGCUGAAACGACGACGGCCCGGAUAUCGUCAUGAACGAGGCCAUAGUCUCCGGAUUUGAGGGCACCGAUGUUGACCACCAUGUCGAUUUCAUGGGCACCGUGCUUGACGGCGUCGGCGGCCUCACUGUGCGAUUAUCAGAGAAGGCGGUGGUGCAUGAACUCUACGGACAAUGCUUUGGAUGCAGACGUUCCUGCGCCAAGCAGGAAUCCAAUCACAGCGCAUGUGAGGACGCCGCUUCCCUCUAGAUUCUUUGACACGCGACCGACAUUGGCCCCAUUGACGCAGCACGACUAGGACGACGAUGGUCGGUAUCCCUUAGGAUGUACGAGCAAUGGGUGAGACCUUGAAUUUGUAUUUGAUCGCCUGUGCGCACAACGAGUCGAUCUGUGCUAGCGUGGCCUCCGGCUUCAGCAAGGUGUGGUCGAUCCCGGAAGCGAAGACGGAGUCCGGUGAGGCGAUCGAUGAGAACUCCGUAGUUGGCACUAUGAAAUUGGUGUCGGCGAGGACCUCCGAAAUCUUAGCGGAGACCAGAGGAGUCCAGUGUGUGGUCGAG